ACGGAGCUUCGGCGGCAGCAGCGGCAGCGGGAGGCCCGGGGUCGGGCUGUGGCGGCGGCGGCGGCGGCGGCGGCGGCGACGCAGGUCGGGCUACAGCGCGGCGACCUCGGGUCCCAGAGCGGCCGCGGCGCAGCUGAGCAGCAGCCCCGCGGGUCCCGGUACGCGCCCCUCCGCGCGCGGCCCCGAUGCUGGACAUGAGCGAGGCCCGCGCCCAGCCGCCCUGCAGCCCGUCCGGCACCGCCAGCUCCAUGUCGCACGUGGAGGACUCGGACUCGGACGCGCCGCCGUCGCCUGCCGGUUCCGAGGGCCUGGGCCGCGCGGCGGGCGCGGGGGGCGGCGGCCGGGGCGACGCGGCCGAGGCGGCGGACGAACGCUUCCCGGCCUGCAUCCGCGACGCCGUGUCGCAGGUGCUCAAGGGCUAUGACUGGAGCCUGGUGCCCAUGCCGGUGCGCGGGGGCGGCGGCGGCGCGCUGAAGGCCAAGCCUCACGUGAAGCGGCCCAUGAACGCCUUCAUGGUGUGGGCGCAGGCGGCACGCCGCAAGCUGGCCGAUCAGUACCCGCACCUGCACAACGCCGAGCUCAGCAAGACGCUGGGCAAGCUGUGGCGCUUGCUGAGCGAGAGUGAGAAGCGCCCCUUCGUGGAGGAGGCUGAGCGGCUGCGGGUCCAGCACAAGAAGGAUCACCCGGAUUACAAGUACCAGCCACGCCGCAGGAAGAGUGUGAAAACAGGCCAAGGCGACUCUGACUCCGGGGCCGAGCUGGGCCCCCACCCCGGCAGUGCCGUGUACAAGGCCGAUGCAGGCCUUGGUGACCCGCACCACCACAGUGACCACACAGGGCAGACCCACGGGCCACCCACCCCGCCCACCACCCCCAAGACGGACCUGCACCACGGGGGCAAGCCGGAGCUGAAGCUGGAAGGCCGCCGCCUGGCGGACAGCGGGCGCCAAAACAUCGACUUCAGCAACGUGGACAUCUCAGAGCUGAGCAGCGAGGUCAUCGGCAACAUGGACACCUUUGAUGUGCACGAGUUCGACCAGUACCUGCCCCUCAACGGCCACUCGGCCCUGCCCGCGGAGCCGGGCCAGCCCGCCGCCGGCUCCUAUGGGGCUGCCUCCUACUCACACUCGGGGGCGGCCAGCAUCGGGGCAUCCCCCGUGUGGGCCCACAAGGGAGCCCCGUCGGCCUCCGCGUCGCCCACCGAAGCGGGCCCCCCGCGGCCACACAUCAAGACGGAGCAGCUGAGCCCCAGCCACUAUGGUGACCAGUCGCACGGUUCUCCAGGCCGUGCCGACUACGGCUCCUACGGCAGCCAGGCCAGCGUCACCACGGCCGCCCCCGCCGCGGCGGCCAGCUCCCUCACCAGCUCGCAGUGCGACUACACCGACCUGCAGGCCCCCGGCUACUACAGCCCAUACCCGGGCUUCCCAUCCAGCCUCUACCAGUGUUCCUACUUCCACCCUUCUCGUCGGCCCUACGCCUCGCCCCUGCUCAGUGGCCUCUCCGUGCCGCCUGCCCACAGCCCGCCUGGCAACUGGGACCAGCCCGUGUACACUACCCUGACCAGGCCCUGAGGGUGCCGUGGCCCGGGGAGGGGGCCGGCGUUGGCCAGGGAGAACCUUGAUCUCGGCAAAGACAGAUGGAGCCUCAGGUCUUGCAGAAGGGGUGCGCUGGUGGAAGGAGAGGAGGUGGCGGCUCCAUCAGGUGCCUGCUGGCGUGUGCAGGGGAACCACACUUGGUACCCGACGCACCACGGCUUCCAGAUCUCCACACUCCCUGCGGCCAGCAAAGCCCGCUCCCCGCACCCUCUUAGCGGCAACUGGCGACUCUGGAACCAAGGACAGCCUUCUGGCCCCUUCCCUGCAGACAUCUUGGUUUUGCACCUCAGUGGACACAAAGCAGCCCCAGCACAAAACAGAAAGGAGGGAAGAGGCGUGGGGUGUCUGGCCGCCUGUGCUCCGAGGUCCCUGCCGGCCUCACGUGCGCGGAGAACUCCAGGGGACCCACAGGGGUCGUUCCCGCAGUUUGGCGGCAUCCACAGCCCGGCGGGAGCAUGGCUGCAGGAGCCCCUCUGGGGACCAGCCUAUCGGCUCCGAGGUGCUCCCCGCCGUUUAAGGCUCUUCCUAGCAAGAUUUGGCUGCAACUAACCCUUCUCUCUUUUUAUUUUAUUAUUAUUAUUUUUUUAAUUUUUAUUUUGAAACUUAAACACGUUCGAUUUGUUUGGGAAGCUGUUGAAAUGUAUUUAUGUUCUGUAUUAUUUUAUCUUUAAUUAAUGAAGUAAUUUGUGCAGAGUAGAAUUUAAGACAAAACGGAGGCCGGGUUGCUGAGCGCGAGGGCUGGGAGGACAGGUGGUGGGGUGGGAUCCCCUCCUCCCCUCCUCCCCCUUCCCCUCCUCUCUUCCCCUCCCCUCGCCUCCCCCCCAGCUCCAAUCCCCCCGGGGAGGUGGCCAGGACCCCAAGGGAGGAGAAGAGAUUUGCCUUGUAGUGUCUCUGACCAUCGUUCAGCUGAGGUUUGGAAGGCAGGGGUGUUGCUGGAGGCCGUCCCUGCCCACGGCUGUGCCAAGCAGUGGAUGGGGAUUUCCUGGGAUGGGGGGGCUGCAGCAGCACGUUAAUCUCGGCUCUUAGGAACCAGACGCCACCUACAAGCUGUGAAACUAAAACCUUCUCCACUACAGUGUGUAGAGUCUUAGUUUUAGAUGAAUAAUCCUGCUCGACGCGUACCUGCUUCCACUGUGUGCUGAGCACCGAUAA